CCUUUCCAGUCACUCUGAGGGGCAGGCACAGAGCGUGCUAGAAGCCUAAAGCAAAGAAUCCUGCACAGUCGCUUGGUCACAGACAGAACUGAGUUCGCAGAACAUGACAGAGAGUGCGAGCGCACCAGGGGAGGUCUGACGGCACAGUUGCAUCUCUUUAUGGACUCCCGGCUUCAGAACCUCAACCACACAAUGCUUAUGUAAUACCUGUCAAUGCAUACCACAUGCACAAAUCUUUUUAAGACAGUGCUUUUUUCUUCAAGAGGAUACACUAGACAAGAGCUCUGAGAAGAGUGAGGAUACAACCUGACCAGCAAUGUUCUCCACAAGUUCUUUCAUAAGGAGGUCCCAUAUGGACAUUGCAUAUCUUGAACCACUGGACACUUUAACAGGCUUCUGAUUCAGGACUAGUUAAAACAAUAAGAUAAAACCAGAGGAAUCCUCUAAAAGUUCUGCUUGACAGCUCUGUAUCUCAGAUCGUUUUCCUGGUGCUGACAUGCUCUGGUGGACACUUACCUAUCGCUACCUGGGUUUAGCAGCUCUGCUGGUGGCGGCUAGUUGUAUUGGAGGUGAGCAGAAGAAAGGAGGAGAUGAAGGAUCACGAAGCUCCUCUGGGAAGGCCAGCAGCACAGGCAGCAGCACAGGAGGUUCCUCUAGCCGCAGAUACCACCGGCUCCAGCAUGGUCAGUGUACCUACACCUUCAUCCUUCCAGAAGGCGACGGAAAUGCAGGUGCAUCCUGCCGCGAGAUGAAAGCAGGCACUCAGUACAAUGCAAACUCACUUCAGAGAGAUGCUCCACCACCUGAAGCUGACUUCUCGAACCAGAAGAUUCAACAGCUGGAGCACAUCAUGGAGAACUACACACAGUGGUUACAGAAGAUUGAGAACUACAUCAAAGAGAGCAUGAAGGCAGAGAUGGCACAGUUACAGCAAAGUGUCGUCCACAAUCGCACCGCGGCGAUGCUGGAAAUGGGCACCAAUCUUCUCUCGCAGACGGCCGAACAGACCCGCAAGCUGACUGAUGUUGAGACUCAGGUUUUGAAUCAGACAUCCAGGCUGGAGAUUCAGCUGCUGGAGAACUCCUUGUCCACAAACAAGCUGGAGAAGCAGCUCAUGGUGCAGACUAAUGAGAUCAGUAAACUCCACGAUAAGAACGGAUUUCUGGAGCUGAAGAUGCAGGAAAUGGAGUCAAGGCACAGGACGGAGCUGGAGGUGCUAAGGGAGGAAAAGAGCAAUCUCCAGGCGCUUGUGGUCAGGCAGAGUGGUGUGAUUCUUGAGCUGGAGGCCCAGCUGGGCAAAGCCUCAGGUAACAGCACAGUGCUACAGAAGCAACAGCAGGACCUGAUGGACACCGUGCACAGCCUUCUUAACCUCUGCUCCAAAGAUGGAGUGGUGCCCAACAGCACGAAACAAGCCGACGAGGAGAAGAAAUUCCGGGACUGUGCUGAUCUCUAUGAGUCCGGAUUCCAGAAAAACGGCGUCUAUAACAUCAACAUUAAUCCACAAGAAACUAAAAAGGUAUACUGUAAUAUGGAAUCUGCUGGCGGUGGAUGGACAGUAAUUCAACGCCGAGAGGAUGGUAGUGUCGACUUUCAGAGGACAUGGAAAGAGUACAAGAUGGGCUUUGGGAGUGUGUCAGCUGAGCACUGGCUGGGGAACGAGUUCGUGUACAUGCUGACCAGCCAGAGACAGUACGCACUCCGUGUGGAGCUCACUGACUGGGAUGGACAUCAGGCCUUCUCGCAGUAUGACCGCUUUCAUAUAGGCAGUGAAAAAAACAAGUACAGAUUGUCAUUAAAGAGCCACAGUGGGACAGCCGGCCGUCAGAGCAGUCUGGUGAUCCAUGGAGCAGACUUCAGCACCAAAGACAUGGACAAUGACAACUGCAUGUGCAAGUGCGCCUUGAUGUUGACCGGAGGCUGGUGGUUUGAUGCCUGUGGCCCAUCCAACCUGAACGGGAUGUAUUACACCCAGGGACAACAUGUUGGCAAACUGAAUGGCAUCAAGUGGCAUUAUUUCAAAGGGCCAAGUUACUCCCUUCGUGCGACUUCCAUGAUGAUCCGUCCUCUGGAAUUUUCGUAAACCUUUUUCCAAACCAACUUUCAUAGACCUUUUUCCAAGCCAAGUAGGUGGGAACAUAAUAAAAAAGGGUUCCAUUCAUUAUAACAGCACACCUUAGAAGUGGCUUUAUAUGCUACAUGUACUGUACGAUACAUGGAUUGUGUGACACUCAUUUGCAAUAAUCCACCUUUUAUGGAAAAAAGAUGAGAAGAGAAGAGAAGAGAA